UUAGAAUGUGGCUUUAUUGCUUGAAGGUGCUCACUGAGUUUACAAGCCAAGUGGAAUAUGGCUGUAGAGCCAAACAGAGGACAAGAAUGGGUAAAUGAUGGAUCUGUUGAUAUCAAAGGAAGACCCGUGCUAAGAGCAAAAACUGGCGGAUGGAAAGCUUCACUAUUCAUCAUUGGAGUUGAGGUCACUGAGAGACUGACUUACUAUGGAAUAGCAGCCAAUUUGAUCACAUAUUUAACUACUGUCCUGCAAGAAGGAGUUGCAACUUCUGCUAAAAAUGUCAAUUACUGGACCGGGGUUACAACUGUCAUGCCUCUUGUAGGAGGCUUCCUGGCAGAUUCAUAUUGUGGGCGUUAUUGGAUGGUCCUCGCUGCUUCAAUAAUAUAUCUUUUGGGAUUAGUUUUGCUUACCCUUUCAGUGUCCCUUCCUGCCCUCAAACCACCUCGAUGUGAGAAGGGCACUGUGGGGUGCUCUAGUGAGGCAACACCCUUACAGAUUGGGAUAUUCUUUCUAGCCUUGUAUUUGAUAUCAUUUGGCACAGGUGGUCACAAGCCCUCUCUACAAGCAUUUGGUGCAGACCAGUUUGAUGAACAAGAUGAAAAUGAAAGGAUAAAGAAGACAUCCUUCUUCAAUUGGUGGUUUUUUGGGCUCUCCAGUGGUAUUCUGUUAGCAGUCACUCUUAUUGUAUACAUACAAGAUAAUGUGAGCUGGGGAUGUGGAUUUGGGAUCCUCACUUUUGCCAUGGUUGUAGCAAUUGCUUUGUUUACGUAUGGGACUCCAUUUUACAGGCACAAAGUUCCUUCACGAAGCCCUAUAGUUGGCAUAGCAAAAGUUUUUGUUGCUGCAAUACGGAAUAGGAGUAAAAGCCUGCCUUCAGAUGAAAACUUGUUCAAUGAGGUCGGGGACGUGGAAUCCAUGAAGUCUGGACAGAGACUGCUAUCACACACAGACAAUUUUAAGUUUCUAGACAAAGCCGCCAUUAUAGACCCACCAGUUGGGAUGAAUAGAGCAAGUACAACUAUUGAAAUUGGCCCAGCAAAUCUGAAAACUCAUGCAUGCACAGUAACACAGGUAGAAGAAGUGAAGCUGAUCCUUAGGAUGGUUCCUAUCUGGCUCUCCUGUCUCAUGUUUGGAGUCACCAUAGCACAAACAAACACCUUCUUCAUAAAGCAAGGGAAGACCAUGAACAGAAGAUUUCCCAAUACCCACAAUGAAAUCCCACCAGCCUCUCUUUUUGCAUUCUCAGUGCUUUCCAUGAUUACUUUUGUAGCAAUAUAUGACAGUUGCUUUGUCCCAAUUGCAAGAUACAUGACAGGAAACAAGAGAGGCAUAACAAUUCUCCAAAGAAUUGGACUGGGAAUGAUUAUAUCCAUCCUAAGUAUGGUUACUGCAGCUUUAGUAGAAGCAAAGAGGCUGAAUGUAGCCAAAAAUCAUGGUUUGCUUGAAAACCCUAAAGCCACAAUCCCUCUGAGUGUUUUUUGGCUUGCUCCACAGUUUGCUUUGAAUGGUAUUGCAGAUGUUUUCACCAUAGUAGGAUUGCAAGAGUAUUUCUAUGAUCAAGCUCCAGAUAGCAUGAGAAGCUUGGGGAUUGCCUUCUAUUUGAGUGUCAUUGGUGUUUCAAGUUUUCUAAGCAGUUUUAUAAUCAGCAUUGUUGACAGAAUUAGCACCAGAGGAGGACAUGAGGGGUGGUUUGUGAACAACAUAAACAAAUGCCAUUUGGACUAUUUCUACUGGCUUUUAGCCAUACUUAGUGCUUUGAAUAUAAUUUUCUAUGGAUGUAUGGCUCACAGGCACACUUACAAAAAAGUGAAGCAUGUCUACUGUGAAAAGGGUAUAUUGCCUAUCAAAAAGUCACAUCAUGAUGAGAAUGUGACUGUCUGAUUUGAGUUAGGUUCUGGAAAAAAAAUUAAAGAUGUAUUGUAAAUAUAUAUAUUAAUAAUUGUACUGUAAGAUGUAAUGGUAUGGUCAAAUGUAUUUUGAAGUUAGAUUUA